GUCUCGGCAACAGUUCGAGGAAACUUAAAAGAGAGAGCUACAGGUUCAACCGUUACGUACUCGGUGAGACCCGCGCAUGACCAAAAUGAAGCGUCCGAGCCAAGAAAUCAUCCUCCAUUUGUAUCUCUCUUUCUUUUCUGUCUAAGCUAGUUUUUACUCUGUUUCUCUCCACCAACAAGACACAUUCCUUCCAAAGAAUCACAGUGACAGAUCCUUCUUCCUAAGGUGUUGCAGGAGUGUUAUAGCGGGUGCUUGACGUGAAGGGGAAUAAAUAUGUUGGGGGAUUUCAUUACCAGAUGUCUUCUGCUGCUUCUUUGUUAUGCCUAUCCCGCACUCCAGUGUUACAAAACCGUGGAGAAGAACAGGGUCGGGAUCAAAGAACUCCGAUUUUGGUGUCAAUAUUGGAUCAUUGUGGCUAUACUUACAGCUCUUGAGAGGGUGGUGGACGUAUUCAUGACACGGUUCCCCUUAUACGGUGAGAUGAAGCUGGCACUUAUUAUCUACCUAUGGUAUCCAAAGACCAAGGGAACCAGUUAUGUAUACGAGACCUUGUUGCGGCCGAACGUAGCUAAGCAUGAAACAGACAUCGACCAUAAGUUGCUGGAGUGGAGGGCAAGAAUGUGGGAUUUGGCCAUUUUCUAUUGGCAAAACUGCUCGGAAUUAGGACAGUCGGCGUUCCUCCAAGUCUUGCAGUACUUCGCUGCUGGAAGGUUCAAUCACACUAACAAUUAGGAAUGUAACCGAACUGUCCGGUUUUGGACAAAUUUUGUAUUAA